UCCGUAUUUUAAAUAACAACCCAAAUGGCUACUAAUGCACUUCACCUAAAUUCAACUCACGCUCAGCCUUGGCCCAAGUCCACACAACACUCCUUUGCCUGCAAACUUUGUUCCUCUCCCGCCGGCGAAUCGAGUUGGAAUAACAAGUUUCGAUUGAUGGGUGUGAUUGAAUUAUGCAACAUUUCAUCUAUUUGCAUUGGUAGAGAAAAACCCAUUUGUUUAAUUGAAGGAAAUCAAAGGAGGAGAAUUACUUGUAUGGCCUCUUCAGUGUCAGUGAAAGAAGAGGAGAGUCAUCAGCAGAAGCAAUGUGUAAAUGGGGGUUCUUUUAUUAGACCCCAUCUUCUUAAAUUGUCCCCUUAUCAACCCAUUUUGCCAUUUGAGGUGUUGUCUACUCGUCUUGGUAGAAAGCCAGAGGACAUUGUUAAAUUAGAUGCUAACGAGAACCCAUAUGGCCCUCCUCCAGAGGUAAACGAAGCUUUGGGGGCUAUGAAAUUUCCGUAUAUUUAUCCUGAUCCUGAAAGCCGUACGUUGCGUGCGGCUCUUGCUGAAGAUUCUGGCCUUGAAUCUGAGUAUAUUCUUGCAGGGUGCGGUGCAGAUGAACUCAUUGAUUUGAUAAUGCGAUGUGUAUUGGAUCCUGGUGACAAAAUUGUUGACUGCCCACCCACUUUCACAAUGUAUGAAUUUGAUGCAGCUGUAAAUGGCGCACAUGUCAUCAAGGUGCCUAGGAACCCAGACUUUAGCCUGGAUGUAGAACGGAUUGCCGAAGUGGUUGAACGUGAGAAACCGAAGUGCAUAUUUCUGACAUCGCCUAAUAAUCCUGAUGGGAGUAUAAUUGAUGAUGAAACUCUUUUGAAAAUACUUCACCUGCCCAUAUUGGUAAUAUUGGAUGAGGCAUAUGUUGAGUUUUCUGGAAUGGAGUCUAAGAUGAAGUGGGUGAAGAAGCAUGAGAAUCUGAUUGUUCUUCGCACGUUCAGCAAAAGAGCUGGUUUAGCAGGACUAAGAGUAGGAUAUGGAGCUUUUCCACAGAGUAUCAUUGAAUUCCUUUGGCGAGCAAAGCAACCAUAUAAUGUGUCUGUUGCUGCUGAAGUUGCUGCUUGCGCUGCUUUAAAGAACCCCGCUUAUCUGGAGAAUGUGAAAGUGGCACUGGUACAAGAAAGGGAGAGGCUGUUUAAUCUCUUGAAAGAAGUCCCAUUUCUUGAUCCAUACCCUAGCUAUUCUAAUUUCAUUCUUUGUAAGGUUAUGUCUGGAAUGGAUGCUAAGAAAUUGAAGGAAGAUCUUGCGACUAUGGGAGUGAUGAUCCGUCACUACAAUAGCAAGGAGCUGAAGGGAUAUGUCCGUGUCUCUGUAGGCAAGCCCGAGCACACCGAGGCAUUAAUGAAAUGCCUCAAGCAAUUCUAUUGAUCUUGCUUGGGUUUGGAACGACAAAAUCUGAAGUGUCGUGUUUUCUUACAAUGAAAACAGAUGGUGAGUUGUCCUUUGCUAUUCAUGCUAAUUGCAAAGGAAUCAUUCUUCAGAAAUAAGUCUUUGCAUGGAAAUGAGGAGUCACAGAGUGGUCUUCAUGUGUACAUUAUGUUGAAAGCUGGCCAUACAAUGGCAUUUGUAGUUUUGUACCUUUAGACUGUCUUUUUGACCCUUGUUUGCAAAAGAUUCAGAUUGUAAUUUAUAAAAUGGUUGGACUGAUUUGAAGAAAUAUUUUAGUUUUUCCUUGA